AAAAAAUGUAGAGAUGGAGCUAUUUUGUAUCGUCAAUAUUCAAAAACAGAAAUAUUUUUAUCCGAAAAAGGAGUAAUAACCAUGGAUACUAUUUAAUAAUAAAAGAAAUGUACAUUAUCAAUAAAUUUUGGUAACGGCAGACUUCAAAAUUUAAUAUCCUGUUGAGUUUUAAACCUAUAGUGUGAAAAAUCAAGUGAACUUUUAGGUUAAGAUAAUGUUUACAUUCAAAUUUAAAGUGUAAAGUGUUUGAAUAAUUUAUAAAUUGAAAACUCUAUGAUUUUUUAAAAUGAAAGAGUUAUUUGCAGCAAUUCCUGCUGCUGAUUCCCCAAGAAAUGUAUCCUCACAAGAAUUUCAGGAUAUGUUAACGUCAUGGUUUGAGAAAAAAGGCAUUCUUUGCGAGUUAAGAACCAGUCUGAGAUAUAAAAUGAUAAACGUGAUUAAAAAUACUUCAAUAGGUCGAGAUAUUGUUCAAAAAUCACACCCAAGUACAAUCAGUUUAUCUAAACAAGCAAUAAGUUUAAUUGUAGCCGAAUUUCUAAUGAAAAAUAACUGUGAUUAUUCUCUUUCUCUAUUUAAUACAGAAGCUGGACUUUCGCGAACAUUUUCAGAUAAUAUAGCAAAUGAAGAGAAUAAAUUGACUCUACAAUUUGACAAGGAAAAUAUAUUGAAUAUUUUGGAAUUAAUCGGCAUUCACAAAACUUCCAAUAUAUGUAAAGAAAUUCUUGAUGUCUACUAUAUGAAUAAUGAGAGAAAUUCAUUUCUUUCAGCACUUAUUUCAGUGUUAAGUAAAUGUGUGUUUGAGAAUGUGAAUCAAAAACAAAUGAGUGAUGUUGAUUUGCCCAGUGAAAUAGAUUUUGUUAGAAAACUCAGAACAAUUUUAUGUAAAUUGAAUGUACCACAGAAUAAUAUAACAUUUGCAAUAGAAAGAAUCAAAGGUCUCCAUUUAAGUGAAAUAAAAAACAUUGAAGAUCAUUAUAGUAAAACAAUUUUCAAAUCGAAGAACAAUCUUGUUUUAAAAGAAAAGCAAGUUAAUGAUAUGAAGAAAAAGAAAGAUUUGCUGGAAAUUAAAAUGAUGGAACUUAUUAAAAAUAAUAAUGAGCUUAAAGUUAAAUUAAAACAAGUGACAAAAGAAAAAAAGGCUAAAGAAGAGCAGCUUAUUACAUUGAAACAUACUAAAGAAAAUAAAAAUUUAUCUGAACAAUGUCUAGAUAAAGGUAUAAAAACAGAAUGUAGAUUGGAACAUUGUGGAACAAGCUGUAAAGAAAACUGUAAAUUAAUAAUAGAUCUUCAAGGCGAAAAUGAGGAACUCAUUAGAAAAAAUAAAAAAAAUUUAGAGGAAAUGAAUGUAUGGAAAACAAAGUACCAAAAUCUUCUAUUAGAAUUUACAUCAUUCCAGCAAAAAAUCAGCUCAUUGAAUUUAAAGGGAAACUCUGAAAUUCCUUCCUCAUUGUUACCUUCAGAUUUACUAGAUAAGGACUUGAAAUUUUCAAAUAAGCAGUUUGAAUCAUCAGACAGUUCAACUGACGAAAUUGUUCGAGAUGCUCGUAAGAGGUUAAAAUUGCUGGAAGAAGAGAACGAAGAAAUCGCAGAUCGGCAUAGAAAUAUUCAUAAUAAAAACAAAUGCAAAUUAUUAUAAUUCAACUAUUUUGGUUUUCCAAUCCAUAAAUAGGUGUUGUCAUUUUGAUUAUAUCCAUUAUUUCAAAACCGAAAUUUAAUUAACAAUUAUUUUAUAAAUAAUUUAAUAGGAUUCAACAAAAUGUCUGUACAUUUUAGACAUUUAUGAACAGAAUUCUAAAUUAUUUUUGGAAAUCAUGUAAAUUUCAUUUUCAUUAAUUAUGUAAAUAUUCAUAGGUCAAAUAUAUUUUGAAUCCCC